AUUUCUUCAGUUGGAUUUUAGAACAUCGAACGGGCGGGCGUGUGUAGGAUGGAUCGUUAAAACUCAAAAUAAAAUAAUAUUUUCAUUCCGCCUUCUAGCAGUGUUUGUUUAUACCUUUGACACGUUUUCUGCAAAUCCUUCUCGACCGUGGUGCUUUAUUUCUUUUAAAUUCGGCGUUUAUUUUCUAUUAUACCCUUUAUCAAAGCGCCGUUCCGAUUUCUCGUCGAGAAGGCGGCCGCACAAGUUCGAAAGCGGCUUUUUAAGAGUAGUCCCACCUACUCGAUAAUUUUAUUAUCAUUGUAUCAACGAUUCAAGCAAAUAUCAAAAUGGUGAAGAAGAUCUCAGAAGAAAGUGUGGAUAGCGGCGUCGGUCGCGGCAGCAGUCAGUCAGGGAGCGAACGGGAGAUAGAAGUACCCCGUGGUUCGGAGGCGUCAGCACCUGUAGCGAUCCCUGACAGUGAGGACCUCCAGCGCCGCAAGGAAGAGGCCCGCAGGAAACGCCGCAGGAAGAAGCGUUCUGGCAGCUCCGUGGUUACAUCAUGUUUCCAAGACCUGUACAAGUUGACGGGCGAGGUUCUCGGUGAGGGAGCAUACGCUUCGGUACAAACAUGCGUGAACAUAUACACGGGGCAAGAGUUCGCUGUGAAGAUCAUAGACAAAGUACCGGGGCACGCCCGCGCCCGGGUUUUCAGGGAAGUGGAGACAUUCCACUAUUGUCAGGGCCAUCCCAACAUAAUCCAGCUCAUUGAAUUCUUUGAGGACACCGACAAGUUUUACCUUGUCUUCGAAAAGAUCAACGGCGGUCAGUUGCUCGGGCGCAUACAAGAGCACCAUUACUUCUCUGAACCGCAAGCUGCAGAAAUUGUACGCGAAAUUGCGAAUGCGUUGCAUUUCCUUCACGGAAAAGGCGUGGCCCACCGCGACCUGAAGCCGGAGAACAUUCUAUGCGUCUACCGAGAUAGGCUUUGCCCGGUGAAAAUAUGCGACUUUGAUCUCGGUAGCGGCAUCAGCUUUACCUCAAGCCUGUCCAGUCCACUGGCAACGCCGCAGCUUAUGACGCCGGUUGGCAGUGCCGAAUUCAUGGCGCCUGAGGUGGUAUCUCUAUUCGCUGGGUCGGCCGCAACGCAUUACGACAAGCGAUGUGAUCUGUGGUCGUUGGGGGUGAUCGCAUAUAUUUUGCUCUGCGGUUACCCUCCAUUUAGGGCAAAUUGCGGUGCUGAUUGUGGGUGGGAAAGGGGGGAGAAUUGCCGUGCGUGCCAGGAUUUGCUCUUCACUUCUAUACAGGAGGGCAGAUAUACAUUCCCCGAAGAGGAAUGGUCGGAGAUAUCGCUUGAUGCCAAGGACCUCAUCCAGCAACUGUUGGUCCGAGAGGCAUCUCAUCGGCUGAGUGCUGAGAGAGUUUUGAAGCAUCCAUGGCUUCGACGAGCUGAUUCCGCUCACUACCCACCACUGCAGACACCCAUUAAUAUCAAGCGCAACCUAUCGGCGCGCAACCUGUCAAACUUCGCGGAGUCAGCAAUGGCGGUGAACCGUGUGAUUCAACAGCACUUCUCUAUGAACUACUCUUACAUGGAGCGUCCUACACUUCGCGGUACCAAGUCCUGCAACCCUGCCGCCAACCUGAUCAUCGAGGAGCUGCAGAACAUGACGGUGGCCGAUAGAUGCGGGGACUACUGUGCCCCCUUUGGCCUGUCUCCUCCGACCGAAUCGCAGUUAUUGCGUCGUCGGCUCCAAGCCGAUAAACCCCUUCCUGUGCAUUAGCCGUACUUUAUGGGCGUAUACUCCGGAGAUAUCACCAAUCAAUAUCACUCAACUAAUUCCGAACUAAAGUCAUGAAUCAAAUGGGCAGAAGUUGAGUUGAGGGUAUACGCCCAAUGCCGGUAUCAUCACCUCAUCGCUACGUUGUUUGAGAAAAUCUAAACUGUAGUACAUCUACCGUCUCAAGAUUACUCGGGGUCGGCCAUUCGAAGUGAUGUCACCGGUGACUACCGCCGAUUUGCCAGACAAUAUUGUGCGGCAGUUCUGGAUGUGACACGAAAUUUGCUUCAAAUUAAAAUUAUGGAUUUUGAAGAAUUAAAUUUAUGACGAUAGUAGAAUUGAAGCAAAUUCCGUGUUAUAUUGGAAUUGUUAGUCCACCUUUUUCAAAAUUUAAGCAGAGUGUGCGCAGAUGUUCGGCAUAAUCGGGGCUCGACGCGGCUGCGCCCGUCACAUUCCUAGCACAGGUCCAACUCCCUGUGAUAGCCCAAAGCCGAGUUGCAAACCGGUCGGCCUACUAAUCGUACGACCGGUCGGGCGAAUAAUUGUGUGACCAGUUGGGCGACUAAUCGUGCGACCGGUCGGGCGAUUAAUUGUGUGACCAGUUGGGCGACUAAUCGUGCGACCGGUCGGGCGAUUAAUUGUGUGACCAGUUGGGCGACUAAUCGUGCGACCGGUCGGGCGAAUAAUUGUGUGACCAGUUGGGCGGCUAAGCGUGCGACUGAUCGCACGUUGCGGUUUCGACGAGAGACUGUGCCAAUGGAUAUUCCACCAGUGAUAGAUCCGAUCGCAAUUACUGUGAACGGUACUUAGGACUGUAACAGUUUUAUUUGAGCCUUUUAAAGAUAUAUUUUUAUGAAUAAAUAAAAACGACUGAAUAGUUUUUAUCGAUGUAGAGUAUUUUGUGAGUUUAUGUUGAGGCGGCCCCCGCCGAGACCGUCCCCGGUCGAUAAAAUCGUAUUAUAUGGAGAUAGUUGUGCUGAUACAUACUUUAUUACUGCUACAGAUAAAAAUAAUAUUUUUUUUGUUGGAUUUAUAAAAUCCUCUAUAAUAAUUUGAGCUUGUGUGAUUGCCUUUGUUCGUGGCUUAUCCUUGCAAUAAAUUUUUUGUUAUGUAAUUUUGAAUACUAGUCUGUAUAUUAUGUGAUGCAUUUUUACCAACAACGGAAAACGUUUCUCACUAUGUAAGAUUCAAUCGAGUUAGGUUUUUAUACGAGUGUUAAGGGCAAUAAGUGACAUUCCAGCAUUUGGCGGAUAAAUUAUGACAGUUCUUAUUAAUUACAAACUAAUUAGACAAGUCUAUAGGAAAGUAAUGUAUGAGGUUCUUCCUCAUAGUUUGUCCGACGAAGGCCUAGUGUGAAGUUCAGUGUAAUUGUGCAAAGAUCUAUAAAAGUACACGAACAUCAUAAGUUAUUAAUAAUUGUAUGAAAUGUCCUAAAUUAUUGACUUAAACUGUUGGUUAAGAGUCGCAUGGGGUUCCAUGGGCUGCCAUAAUAUUGUGAUCAGUUUGAAUACUUUUAUAUUGCUGAAAGAUUGUACCUAAUGUUGAGGUAAUGUUAAGUGUAGACUUGCUAGAUAUUCCUGCGUACACGGAUUGGAGAAAGUAACACGUAGCGAUACAUUCGAUGAUAUUGAUUUAAAUGGAUAAAAUUUGUUAAAUUUAUUUACCCUGCCUGGUGGCUUUAUCCAAUCAAUUCUAAUACUACGCAGAUCUUGUUAAUUUUUUUGUUUACGACGAAAUUUUUGAUUUUAAACUUUAUUGAAAUACAAAAUGUUUGAAUUUCA